GCGCCGUGGAUACCAGUACACCACCCACAAGCCACCCAUCGCAUUCGCAACCGCUCUCCGUUUAUAUCCCCGGCCUCACCACCUUGGCAUCACUACUUCUCCCUCCUCGCAACCUUUCCCCCCGUCUCGUUGGAAUCCAUGGCGUCCAAGUCCGCGGUCACCGCAGGUACUUAGUUCGACCUCCCGGACAGUUAUAUUGAGAGACCGCCAUGGCUCUGUUUCUUCACGCUCUGUGGGGCGGCGGCAAGCCCCUGGCGCUCCUGCUCACCAUCGUGCUCCUCUGUGUGCUGCGGCCAGGUGGGCAGCCCAAGGAGAAGGAGGAGCCGUCCUCCAUGGCGGACGUGUACAACCACGAGCUGACGCCGCUGCAGAAGCACGUCGCCUUCUUCGACCGGAACAAGGACGGCGUCAUCCACCCCUCCGAGACCUACGAGGGGUUCCGCGCGAUCGGGUGCGGCGUCGCGCUGUCCGCCUUCAGCGCCGUCUUCAUCAACGGACUGCUCGGUCCCAAGACCAUACCGGAGAACAUGAAGGUUGGUGCUUUCAAGUUUCCGAUCUACGUAAAGAACAUCCACAAGGGCAAGCAUGGGAGCGAUUCGGGCGUGUACGAUGCCAAUGGAAGGUUUGUUCCUGAAAAGUUUGAAGAGAUAUUCAAAAAGCAUGCUCACACCAGGCCUGAUGCCCUGACAGGCAAAGAACUGAAUGAGUUGCUUCAAGCAAACAGGGAGCCGAACGAUUUGAAAGGACGAGUGGGUGGCUUCACAGAGUGGAAGGUUCUCUACUCGCUGUGCAAAGAUAAGGAGGGAUUUCUUCACAAGGAGACCGUCAGGGCGGUCUACGAUGGCAGCCUGUUUGUGAAGUUGGAGCAAGAGAGGAAGCAAGCUAAAGAAUCUGCCAAGAAGAAAUGAUGAAAACUAUCCCAAUACCCUCUUAUUUGUGAUUAUGCGCAAGUAUGCGUAAAUUAUGGUGUGCUUGCGAGUAUGGUUCUGUAAAUUAAUGUUGUGAUUUGAUUUCGUGUGUUUGCUUGUUCUUUUAUGGAAUGAGAAUUCAAAGCCUGUUUGUCUAGAUAUCGCAUUUGUUUACCAAAUAUGAUGUUUUCAGUUGACAUUUUCGAUUACUAAAAAGUUUUGACUUUA